AUGUUUCAAGAAAAAUUUGAAAUUAUUAAAACUGAAAAAAGAUUCAUAGUACCUAUGGAAGAAGCAAAAAGUUUUCCUCAGGGAUUGCCACCAUACAUUCCAUUUGUAUUGCCUGAAAAGUAUGACGAUGAUGUUGGGCACAGAGAGGGCGAGGUCGGAGUUUUGAAAGUGAGGGUAAACGAGGAUGACGUCAUUUUGAUGCAGUUUCAGUUGGAGAAGUAUCAAUGCGCGUUCCAACUGCUGCAUAACGAGGAUGGAAGAUCUUUAGCGAAUUUGUUGAUAAAAGCAUUCUUGAGGCAAUUAUUAAGUAGUAAAUUGUUGGAGCUGUUUGCAAAUUCGUCAGAAAGUUUCAUCGAAUGGAAAUUGAAAGAUUUAAAUGUCCUGCACAACAAGCUGGUCAACGAAUUGAACGAUAGAGAGUGGCCAAAUGAAUAUGAAAUAGAAAAUGAUGGAAGGUUCGGACAGCCAAAUGCAGAUCAAACUUUAACAUCGUGGAAUGAAGAUGGAGCUUUGUCAUCAUCGUCACGCAAAAAUGUAACGAUGAUAUCACUGUAUGAAGAUUACAUGCAGUUUUACAGACAAUCCAUAAUGACUGACAAGGAAUACUACUUCCGGAAUAAGAAAUAUCACAUUAACAGAAAUGACAACAAGAAAGAUGGCAGCAAGCAUGUUGGUGGAAACAUUAAUGAUGUUACGAUCGAUGAAAGAGAUGAUGGUUUUGAUUCUGCGAUGGGUCGACAAGAAUGA